AUGAUGACCGAAGAGACAGAGCCGACGCCAACGGCGGCGGGCGCGGAGGCGACGGCCGUCUCUGACAAAAAAAAGAGGAAGUCCUCAAAGACACCCUCCAAGAAGCAGUCCUCAUCGUCCUCCAAGUCGAAGUCAGCCAAGUCCAAGAGUUCCAGCAGCAAGAGCAAGGACAGCAGCGCCAGCAAAAACAAGUCCGCGACUGCAGCGGAGAAGCAGCAGCUGCCGGAUGAAGUUCCGAAGGAGGACUCACAGCCAGACACGCAGACUCAGGAGAAGCCAGAGACCGUGCAGACAGCGGGAGUGACGGAGAUACCGCAGCAGGACGUUGACACAGAGCAGCAGCAAGGGGAUCAUAGAGUGCCACCCGUGGAAAACGAUGGAGAGGCCCCGAGGGAACCCCACGAGGGCACCGGGGCAGAGGGAGCUGCGCAAGAUGCAGACCCGCAGGAGCCAGAGACAAUAGUUUCCAACAAUCAGCAUCUAGAACAAGAAGAGAAGCCCCCGUGCGAGAAAGCACCAACAGAAAAGCAGGAGGAGGGGGCCCCAGCGAAGCGCAGUGCAAAUCCUGAACUGCGGCACUCGCCAGCCAAGAGGCAGCACAGCGCAGUGGAGGAGCCUUCGUCCAUACUAGAGUACUUUCCCCGAACUUCAAACAACGGGACUUGUGGCGGCCCGUGGCGGAGUUCCCCAUUUUGCAGCUGGCUGCACGACACAGUGGGCUGCACCUGCAGGCGGGAGGCUGGGGGGCCUCUGCCUGAAAAGUGGUCAACUUAUUCAGAUUUUUUCGCCGCUGUGGACAUCAGAGAUACUGCAGGGAAGAAGGAGAGCGGCGCGCUUCCUGCGGCGGAGCCGAAGGAGGCCCAGGCUGGGGAGGAUCCGAAGCAGCAGCAGCAGCACUGCGAGGAAUCGGAGAAUGACGGAGUUGCUUCCGCGCCUUUCGUUUCCCCAAACCCUCUCAUGGUCGACAAACUACUCGUUCUGCCAUGCAAGACUUUCCUUUCUGCUGCUUUCGCCCCGCAGCUCUUCCGCUGCCGCCCCUUCUCCCCCAUAGGCCUGCAGGAGCAGUUCGACGGCGCGCAGCGCCGCCGAGCAGGAUUGGGCCGAAGAGGCUCUCGCUUGGCUGCUGCAGCACAGCAUCAGAGGGCAGAAGCGGCAGCAGCUGCUGCGGACCAGACCAGUGCGGGAGCGAACGACAAGCAGGAGGACGGGCAGCAGCAAAGCAACAGUCAAGAGGGAAAGGAGCAGCAGCAGCCUCCUGCUCGGCGCGUCCCAUCGUUCGGCUUCGAGUGUCUGAUAGACGAAGGGCGCAUGCGCAUUCUUUCAGUUGUCAAUUUGUGCUUGACAGAAAGGCAUUAUGAGCCCCAGCUGCUGAGGCGAGACGGAGUUAGUGUGUUCUGGCACAAGAGCCAAGGCGGGGGGGAAGUUCCCACGGAGGAGAGCGUGGUGCUGUAUUUCAAGUUGCUGGCCAUGCUGACAAUGCAAGGUGUACGUACAGCUGAGCAGUGGGCAGCGGCAGCCGAGUGCGCCUCAUGCAACUCGGGGGCCCCAAAGGGGCCCCCGGGAGAAGCAGCAGGCCGGGGAUCGGGGAGCAGCGCAUGCACGUGUCCUUGGAGGUUCACAGUUGUCACCCACUGCACCCACGGACUGAACAGGACAGGCUACAUGGUGUGUGCGCUGCUGAUGGCGCUGCUGGGGCUGUCUGCUGCAGAGGCGCAGCGCGUGUUUGCUGUUGCCCGAGGGCACGCGAUCCCGCGUGAAGAGAUUCACGCGGCGCUGCAGCAGCUGGAAAAAGAUGGCAGUUUGGAGCGGCUGAGGGCGGCGCUCGUGGCUCCCGAGCUGGACCCCGUCUUUGCACAGAAUGCCGCGGCGGAUGGAGUUGACCUCCAGAAGGGCAGUUGUCUCAUUCGUGUGGCUCCAGAUCGAGCUGUGGGAGAAGCAGCAACAGUUGCCAACACGGAACGGACCAUGCCGAUUUUGGAGGGCUUCAGAAAGAGCCUCGUGUCGUACAGGGAAUCCGAGAGACAGAGACUCGUCAGGGCGAAACAGCCGCCCCAGAAACAGCAGCAGCAGCAACAGCAGCAGCAGCAGCAGCAGGAAGCGAAGGAGGAGGGACUGAAGAGUGAGGGGAGUGGGCCAGCGGCGGCAGAGGUGGAGGGUGUUGAGGCGAAGAAGGAAACUGCUAUGAAGAAGGAAGAAGCAGCGGGAGAAGCAGCAGCAGCAGCAGCAGCAGCAGCAGUGGACACCCCGGAGGUGGCCUUAACGGAAGAAGAACUGAAGCAGCUCCCUGAGCUUCCAGAAACCAUGCCAAACAACGGCAUAGUGCUAUUUGGUCCUCUUUCAAAUGCGCUGCUUGCGCCUGAAGAACUACUUGUGUACUUAAUGGACCUCCGGCCCAAUGUGCGCAUCUGCGACUACAGAGUGUUGGUCACGGACAACGUGAAUGAACACCUGAAGUACCCACAGGCCAUCAGGAAAGGUUUCAAGAAGAAGAGGAGGGUGGGCGUUUCCUUGAAGGCGCCUGGACAGAAACAAGAUGCAGAGCAGCAGCAAGAAGAGCAGCAGCAGGAGCAGCGGGAGGAGCAGCCAGAGGCGGAGGAGCAGCAGGAGCAGCAGCAGCAGGAGAUGGCGGAUGAAAAGAAAGAAGGCGACAAAAGCGGCAGCAGCCCAAAGAAGCCCUUGGAGUUUCACUAUGUGCUCUAUGUCCAGGCCGCUGAUCCAUUUUCCUUUGAGACUUUGCUGACCACGGAGUUGGUUUCUCUUCGUCGUCAGCCUCUCCAGGCCUUCACUCUGGACUUCUUGCCGUAUCUGUUGGCGAGGGGAAAGGAGUUGGAUGCUGCUUUUGUUAGUUGGUCUAUUCAGCAUCCGCCGAGGCCUAAGAGAGUGCCUCCUGCUUUCCCGAUGCCUGGGAUGCCCCCCUUCCCCGUCCCAGGCUUUGGGGGGCCCCUCCCCCCUCCACAUGCCUUAGGUUUUGGAGGACAGGGUGGUCCCGGCAAGGGCUCUCAGGAGAAUAUGCCCUUCGGGGGCUUUGCCCGUAGUAAUGGCAGAAUGGGUGGCAGUAGGAUGGACGAAUUUGGCCGGAAAAAUAUGCGGGGGGGCCCCCCGCCUCCGUUCAUGGGGGGAAACCAGUGGGGUGGGGGCCCCCCUCCACCCCCGCCCCCUCCACCGCAAGCUUCGGGCCCCUGGAAGGGCGCUGGCCCUGAGGGCCCCCCGGGGCGGUUCCCGAGGGGUGGGGGAGAGAUGGAAGGCAGCAGGGGGCCCCCUCAAGAGGCCUACCGGCCCUUUGAAGAGAGGGGCGGUCCGAACUCCGCGCGGCAUGGGCCCCCACGAGAUUUUUAUGAUGCAGUUAAGCAGAAGUCGCCUGCUCCUUUGCCUUCAGGGGGCCCCUGGGCUCCCUCAGCUUCUAAAGGGUGGGGCUUCGGUGGGGCCUCCUCCAGCGAGCGAGCCGCGUUUGGAGGCGGCUCGCCCUCGUUCCAACAGGCGAAAGAUAGUGGGGGCCGAGGCCCGUGGGGAGCGGGCAGCUGGGAGAACAGAGGAGCAGCAGGGCCAUCUGGAGGGUGGGGCCAGGGAGCUCUCGAAGGCCAGAGAUCCUCCAAGCGCCCCAAGCCUGGCUUUGAAGGCAGCUACGGCUCGGAUUGGAGUGGUGGGGCCCCUAUGGGGGAUUCCCGUGGAGAGGGUCCCUGUGACUGGGGCUACCACGGAAGGUCUUCCAGGGGCCCCGUCAUGCCCGGUCAUGAAGGUUACUGUGGAUCCCGUGGUGGGGAGGGCCAAGGAGAUGCUGCAUUCCGGGAGGGUCACUCUCUCCCCUUCAACAGUCAACCGGAGGGCCAGUACGGGGCCCCCAGGGGAGGGAGUAUGGGCCCCCCGCAGCAGCAGCAAGCCUGCAAUAGCUUCUCCCCCAGCUCCAUGCAGCAGCAGCCAGGAGGGAAUGCACUGCCUUACUCGGGUGGCACCCCAUAUCAGCAGGUUGGGGCCACUGACUAUGGUGCGGGACAGCCGCCAGCUUAUCAGCAACAGAAUCAGCAGGGGUACAAUAUGUAUCCACCGCAGCAGCAACAGCAGCAAGAGCCUGUUCCUGCGUACGUGAUGCAACUGCUGCAGCAGCAAGCAGCACAGAGAGGGGCCUCUGUUGACCCCCAAGUGCUGGCGCAGUUGUACACGCAGUACUAUCAGUCCUUCUUGAGUUCCAUGUCGAAUUCAUCGGGCAGUUAG